CUAUCUCUGUGUAAUUAAUUUGGUUUCUUUUUUUUCGUUUUAUUAUUAAUUUUCUUUACCUUGUAUUUUGUAAUUUUCAAUUGUGUCAAAAUCUUUCAUCUGAAACAUUCUCUUUCUCUUUGUUUAUCUGUGUCUCCCUUUUUGCUUCAUCUCUCUUUUGGUUAAUCAACUUGUAUGUUCACCAAAUCUGAUCACUUGUUUUAUUUCCAAUCGUCAAUAGAAUUAAUUACUAAUUAUUUUCAUGAGUAAACUCUACUUCUCAUUUUUUUUCUGUUCAAAGGAAAAGUGUCUCUGUGAAUUGUUUAAAAUUUCUUUUCUCUCCAUCACUGGAUAAUUUGAAAAAGUCCACUGGUUAAAGAUCAUCUCCAUUUUGUUUUUCUUUUUCUACUUGUUUCUUUGAUCUGUUUAUUUUUUUAUAAACAAAACGAAAAAAAAAAUAAUUAAAAGAGAACAAGAAGGAAAUUAAAGAUUAUCAUGGAAACAAAUGAAUCAACUGGUCUCACCUUGGAAGGUUUAACACCCAUUUUAACUACCGUUGAUGAGUCUAAUGAUCUUAAUAAUAAAUUGGAACAAGAGUUACUCAAAUUGGCGACGACUAUUUUAAGUAAACCAAUUUCGGGCAAGGAAUUGUGCCAAUUAUUCACCUUAUUGAAAGAUAAAUCAUCUCCUCUUGAUAAAUCAGUUGAUAUUCUAAUAAAUUUGGUGGAACAAUCAUCCUUUGGACCCACCUUUUCACUAACCUUUCCUGUUCAACCCUUGAAAAAUUUAGGAUCUCUCUCCGAAUCAACAAACUUGCCUUCCACUUCAACAUCUUCAACAACAACAACAACAACAUCUUCACCUUCUCCCUCUAUUCAAUGGGUUUAUGAUUUACGAGCCGAUGUUAAACCGGACAAUGGUCCAACAGGCUGGUCAACGGCUGCUCUCUGUUUACCUUUACCAUCCAGUAAAAACAUAUCACUUUUCAAGAAUAGAAAAUUUUCCUUAACUCUUUGGCUUUCGAUUGGUCCUUCAUCUUCAUCCUCAAACUUAUCUGCAACUCGAUUUUCCAAAGAUCGACUUGUAUCAGUUCAAAAAAUUAAAUCAUACGAUGAUUGGUAUCAUCUAUUUACCUUUUGUCUUGAUAAAAUAUCAAUCGAAAUAUGGAUUGAUCAAGAUCAACGAAUGUUUAUCCUUCGAACUCUUCGACACACCCUUUCUGGUAAAUCUUGUGUUAUCGCUCAAGUUUCCAAUCCAUGUCAUCUAAACUUUAAUCACACUUGGCAUCAUGUUUGUUUCAAUUUUACUGAGCUUAAAGCUCAUUCAUCAAGUGAAGCCGCUUUCAUGGUAAAUUAUAUAAUCAAUGGAUCGCAAACUGAAACCAUCGCACUUCACCAUGGAUGUCCAGCCUUAAAUUCUCGAACUUGCUUCCUUUUAGGUUCAACGAAACCCUUUCCAUCAAAUUGUUCCAUUAAAAUGGCAAAUGUGAUCAUCUUUAAACGUGAAUUAACCCUUGAACAUUGUCUUUACCUUUACGCAAUGGGGCCUGAUUUUUGUACCUUUCAGGUUUGCCAGAUUCCCGAAUUAGAAGCCAAACUGGAAACCCUACGAAUACCAAAGUAUAUUAACCUGAAUAAAACAAUUCUGGACAUUUAUGCCAAAUUAACGCCUAAAACUUGUUUCAACGAUCUUCAAGAGUCAAUAUUUAUCAUCUUUAAGGCCAAUUUAAGUUACCAUUACCUUAUGUACACAUCAAUGCCUUCCGAAUCAUCAUUCAUCUCAUUUACUCCACGUUCAAGUUCAACUGAGAUCUCCAAUACUCUUCAAGUUAACCGACAUCCAUUGGUAAUUUUUGCCGAGAUAAAUUGUAAUCAAGAUAAUCAUUUAAGUAAAGCAUUAGUCGAUAUUGGUGGUAUUGGUGCAAUGAUUUUUUUCUUUGCCAAAAUGGUUGAGAUAACAUCUAACCCUGAGAUUCAAUCUCGAGCAUUGGACAUUUUAUUGCGAGUCUGUGAAACUCAAUAUGAGUUAAUGUUAUUAUUUGCCUUUGAAUUUAAUGGUUUCCGUUUAAUUAACUCAAUCCUGGUUACCUCAAAUUGUUCAAUUUCUUGUAAAAUCUAUUCUCCAUACAUUAAUUACUGCCUUUCCAGUUGCGAUACAAAACAAGCUAUAAUCACCGAUUCCAUAGCAUUUUCUCAUCUUAUCUCUUCAUGGAGAGCUUGGCAUAGAAAAUCAGAGACAAUUAAUUGUUUCACAACCAUGUUACUUGAUCUAAUUUCACCGGUAAACGAACACCGUGAAUUUAAUAUUCUUCAAAUGAGAAGAGCUCACAUUAUCGAUAUACUAUUAACCAUGUUAAAAGAUACUCUGGUUCAAAUGGAUGACAAUAAUUUACCAUUACCUUAUGACGUUGCUCGUAUUUUACCUGAUUUAACGAAAGCACUAAUUACCACCUCGACACUUGAUCUAUCUAUUUUAAAUGAUGUAUUCGACACGUUACUUUUACUUCACCAAGCAUCAAAUACUUACAUUUGUCAUUCAAAGAGUAGCUUUUACUAUUUACUACCAGUUAAUUGGAAAUCUAAUCAACAGCAGCAACUUCAACAACAACAACAGCAACAACAGAAACGAUUACCAAUCAACGAUAAAUCUCCGGGUCGAUCAAAUCAAUUGAUUAACAAUGAUUGGGAUUCCAAAAAUCGUGACAUCAGUAACAAUGGAGGUGGCAUACGAUCAGAUAUUAAUAAUGAUGAUUAUGGUGGUGAUGAGAUUUUAUUUGAUCAGCAAACUGUUUACUGUAUGAUUAUGUCAGGUUUAAUUGAUAUGAUUGGUGAUAUAAUUGAGGAAACAUCUGAAACAAUGUUGGAUAAAAUAAUUGGUCCCAUUGUCCGUCCUGGAGUAUUGGUUAUCCUGUGUCACUCUGAUUCUGAUAAAAUUCGUGAAUCAGUUUUACGAACUUUACUUUGCUGUAUUAAACGAGGUAAAGGAUUGGAUAUAAUUAACUCAUUCUUAUCUCGUUAUGGUCUUCAUUUAGUUGCUAAUCAACUUCACUCUCAUCCGGCAACUUUUAAUCUAAUCAAUCAAGCAUUUGCUUUUAUUAGUUAUAUAAGGCCCGAUGAGAGAUACACUUUUGAGGAAAAUUUUCCACCACCGGAAAUUUAUAAACUCACAGCUGAUCAUUGGAGCUCAUUUCUCCUUCUAUUUGCACUUUUACCCAAUUCGGUGGGUGAUGUUAACCUUUGUCAUACCUCGUUAGUGGCCUUGCUCAAGUUUAUCGAGGAUCUUCCGCUUUCCAGUCCAAUGAUGAAAUAUUUACACGAAAUUGGUUUCAUUGAAUGUUUAACUAAAACCCUUUUCAAUGCAGAUAAACAUCGUUCUGGUCAAACUGAUGCUAUCGAUGGUUAUGAAGAUGAUGUGAUAAUAAAUGAUCUUUUAAAGAUUAUCUCUUCAAUUGGUCGAAAUUUAUUUGAAUCAAAUGGAUCAACUAAUUGGAAUCUUUUCCUUCAAACUCUUAAUCAAUUAUCUUCAUUGGAAAGGAAAUCAGCAACUUAUGGUCAUCGUAAUUGGUUUAGAGAAUCACUAGUUUAUCUAUUUGAAGCAGCUCAUGAUGUUAUCGGUGCUCAUUUAACAGAAUUAAUCAGAAAUUGGGAUGAUCGAUCAAAAUUAAUGAAAGCACUCAACAAAUCAGAGAAAUUCUUCAACCUAUUUUCUCCAUCAGAUGAGACCUACCUGGCCUCCCAUAAUUCUGGCCUCAUGGCUGAUUCCGCUUCCAUGUCAACUUACAGUUCCCUUCGAAGUCGAUCAAAUUAUCCAACUGAACCUGAAAUGGUAAACGUAAACAAAGGUCAUGUCUCUAAUUCUGAGUUAAUUGAUAGAUUUAAAAAGUUAAUCUUUAAAUCGGUUGAUUUUCUCAUUCUAAGAGAUAAUGAUCUUGCCAUUUCAGAAAAGGAAAAGUUUUUUGCUCGAUCAUUGUUACAUCGUAUAUUUCAAGUUCUAGAUUUAAAUAAGAAAGGACCGGCUAAUAAACGACGUCGAUCAAUUUUGAACAGUUUCAUGGGAACAUCGAAAGAGGCCAUUCGAUAUGAACUAUACCGACUCAUCUUGUUUCUACUUUCACCGUUACAAGCAACUUCGGAGAGACUUUAUUAUGUCUCUUUUCUGAAAACGAACGCCGAAAAUUUGUCCCUUCUGCUUAGGGUUAAUAAUCGAUUUGCCACUUUACUGGAAUCUUUCCUAAAAGAUCUGCUCAUCUCAUGUGAAGACACUGAAAGUACCGAACUAGUUCGUGAUCUUCUUCGAAUUAAUCCCAUCGGUAACAAUCCUAAUAAGCGAAUGUUGACCACAGAAUUUUCCAAACGUGAGAUCGGUGAAUGGUUUGCCGAAUGGAAUCGUGAGAAAAAUGCUUUAAUCAACAGUCAACAAGAUGAUGUUUCUCUUGAGCGACUUCGAUCCUUAUCUCAUAAGGUAAUUGAAAACGCUCAAGGUAUAACUCGUGAUGCCGUUGAAGCUCAAAACCAAGAGCGUAAAGUGUUCAUCAAUCAUUUGAAACAUCUUUCCUCUGAAAGAUAUUCUAUUCAUAAAGAUUGGAAAUCGUUGAUUGAAAUGUUUACCCAUGAAAGAGCCGUUUGGUAUUAUCCUGAUUCUUACUUACACUCUUGGGAACUUGAUCCGACUGAAGGUCCGAUGAGAGUCCGUCGACGUCUUCGCCGAUGUCAUCUUGAUAUUCCUAGUAAAUUUUUCUGUGACUCGCCUGAAAAACCUCGACAGAGAACUAAGUAUUUGGACAAAAAUUUAGCCUAUUUAUUUCAGAAGAAUCUUCAUGAAUCCGAUUUCACCGCUCUUAUUGAUCGUCUUUACACAAAUGAGCGGAUUCUUUAUACAACUUCGUGUACCAUCAUCGCUCCCGCUGUUGAAUAUCCAGGUGAAAUUCUGAUAGGUUCAAGUUGUAUUCAUUUUGUCGGUGAACAGAAAACCGCUUAUUCGGAGUCAACUGUUUUUACGGAAGUUUGGCUUUUUGAAGAAAUCAAAGAGAUCCACCCGUGUCGAUAUCAAUUACAAAAUAACGCAUUCGAAAUGUUUCUAACCAAUGGUUCAUCAUAUUUAAUAUCAUUCGAUAACAAGUUCAACUGUGAUGAGUUUCUCAAAAUUUUGUACAUGCGAACCUUGGCCAACCUGACGGAGGAAAAAAAUCUUUCCACCAUAGCGCAAAUGUGGCGAGAAGGAUCAAUGACCAACUUUGAAUAUCUGACCCAUUUGAACAAAAUCUCAGGUCGAUCCUUUAAUGAUCUCAUGCAAUAUCCCGUUUUCCCGUUUAUUUUGGCCGAUUAUGAGUCUGAUGUACUCAACUUAAAGGUUCCAGCCUCAUUUCGAAAUCUUUCUCGACCAAUGGCCAUUCAACACAAAUCAAAAGAAGAGUAUUAUGUUAACCAGUACAAUUAUCUGAAAGAAGAAUAUGAAAGAAACUUUCACGUUGCCGAUUCUCUUUUCCCCACCACUGGUCCGUAUCAUUUUGGUUCCCAUUACUCGAACUCAGGGACAGUUUUACAUUUUCUUGUUCGAUCCCCUUUUACUCAAAUGUUUCUCGCUUAUCAAGACAAUUCUUUCGACAUUCCCGAUCGAACCUUUCACUCCAUGGAAACCUCAUGGAGAUUAGCUAGUGGUGAUUCUACAACCGAUUUCAAAGAGCUGAUUCCAGAAUUUUUUUGUCUUCCCGAAUUUCUUUGUAAUCAAGAAAAUUUCAACUUCGGUACUCGUCAGAAUGGUGAAAUUGUCCACGAUGUUAAACUGCCAACAUGGUGUCGAGGUGAUGCUCGGCUCUUUGUCUUAAUUCAUCGGCAAGCACUUGAAUCUGAUUACGUUUCAGCCAAUUUACAGGAAUGGAUUGACCUUGUUUUCGGUUACAAACAAACGGGUCGAGCUGCAGUCGAAGCGAUCAACUGUUUUCAUCCAGCGACCUAUUAUGGUGUCGAUGUUUCCAAAAUUGGAGAUCUAGUUAAACGGAAAGCUUUACAAACAAUGAUUCGUACUUUUGGUCAAAUGCCGAAACAAUUAUUUAACUCACCACAUCCGGUGGUUUCAGCUGAUCGGAAAAAUCGUGAUUCCAAAUCAUCAUCUUUGGUCUCGGUAAUGGAAGAGGUUAUUGGUAUUAAAUGGGGAAAUUAUGUAGGAUCACCUUCCGAAGUUGAACCGUUAAUUGUUCACCGAGAAAAAAGUGGCCGACGAAUUGUGGCCUUUUACCCAUUAAUUACCAAUGUUGUUUUCCUCGAAUCAAAUACUUGCCUAUUAUUAACCUACAAUCGACCUAAAUCCAGUUCAAGUAAUCCACAAGGAGCAACUUAUAUCACCUCAUUAGCGCUUGUCUCUUGGAACCAUCCGGAUAAUAUAAUUAGAAUCAAAUUUUCUAGACAUGGUCCAGCUAUCCCUUUAAUUUCAGGCAAUUCAAAUUUAGACAAGGUAACAUUAUGUGCUACAACUCCUGGAAGGAAUAUACUUAUGAUUGGACACCAAUCAGGUUUAAUUACUGUUUAUAACUUUGCCGGUCCUGUAAAGGGUAAUUCUGAGUUGAGUGGUUGUAAAAGUUGGCUACAUGGUCACCAAGGAUCAGUUAAUUGUAUCGUAAUUAACCAAGAAUUUAAUGUAAUUGUUUCUGGUGGUGCAGAUGGAACUUGUAUCCUUUGGGAUCUUAAUAGGAUUUGUUACAUUCGCACAUUAACCAAUCAUCCAGAUGAGAUAAUAUCGUUAACAAUUAGUCCAACUCUCGGAGAUGUUGCUAGUUUAAGUAAUCAGCAAGGUUUUAGCCUUUUAAAAGUUACAACAAUUAACGGAUCGGUUGUUGGACAAAUUAAAACAUCGGAAAAAAUAACCGCUAUGUGUUACUCAUCUUCCCCUGAAGGUAUUUCCGUUAAUGUGCUAGUUGUUGGAUUUGCUGAUGGGACAAUUAAAAUGUACAAUUCAUGGGAUUUAACACUAAUCCGUACCCUGAUUAUAUCAAAAUUUAAUCAACCAAUUAGAUGUAUGACUUAUACUCAUGAUAAUCAACAUUUCCAUGUUGCCGGUGAAGAUGGAACCAUAAUUGUUUGGGGAAAAAGUAUAACCAAGAAAAACAAUUUAGUUCAUGUUUUCUUUCACUCGGAAUCAUCGUCAACCUCAUCAUCAUCAUCAUCAAGUUAAUUUCUCAACACCUCAAAAGUAUUACAAACAAUUAACCAUCAUAAACACAAUCAAAAACAAUUUAUUCUCAUUAAUCUGCCAUAUUGCUCAUAAUAAUAUACUAAUUGUUUAGUUUUCUCUCUCUCCAUCUCCUCAUCUUUGCUUUUUUUCAUAAUUAUUACAUAGACAAAAAUAUGAGAAAAAAAGUGAGUUACCAACUCAAAGUUAUUCCUUUAACAAUUAGAUAUAUUUAAUUAUUGUAAUCAAAAUUUAGUCGCAAUAUUGUAUAUUGUUAAUCUUUAAUUAUGAUCACUUAUGUAAAUCAAUUAACAGUUUCUCUGUAUGUAUCUUGGCCAUUAAUGUUUCUCUUCCAGUUAAUGACUUUAUCUUUACUUUCAACUAUUAUUAUUGUUACUUAAUUGUUACAAUGAAAGAGAAAUUAUUGAAAAUCAUCAAUAUCAUCAUUAGAAUCAUCAUCAUCAUCAUCGUUUAAUCAUCUUCAUCAUCAUUGCCAUUCAAUCAUGAACCUUGAAAAUUGAGUAUCACCGUUAAUGAUUAACCCCUUUUACUACACAUACUCAUCUAAUUGCUGGAAACACACAAAGCAAUGACGCUUAACAAUGUUUACUGUUAUUUUUUUUUAAUACGAACAUUUUUUCUAGUCAAUUGUAUUCCUAACAAUUUAAAUUGUAAUCAUAGACCUUGAUUCCUUGAUUAAUUAUCUCAUUUAUGGCGAGAGAAAUGAUUCCAAUUGUAAUUCUCUCUGUAUAGAAAUCAAAAUGCGAAAUUGAAACAAACAAAUGUCAAUAAAAAUACUAUGUCACAAUUAA